AUGUCGCAGGACGCUGCAGACUUUCUGCAGUCUCUGGAGAAGGUGUUGGAGCAGUUUGCACGAGCCAUGCUCCACAUCAGCCGCGGUUAUGCCCUGCCGGAGGACGACUUUCAGAUCUUGUCAGUCAGCCAUGGUCCCGCGUCUACCGCGAGGGACCCUUGGAAAACACAGACUGGCCCGGCGGCAGAGGCUGUGGUUUCAAGGGCGCCAAGGUGGAACAGUGAAGUCCCGGCGCCAGCCUCCUGGUUUCCUGAACAGGGGCUCAGCGACACAACAGUAUGGGUCUACAUCAGCACUCCACUGGGACCAGGACUUGCACAGAUCACCCGGCAGGCUGCUGCUCGCAGCAUGAAGGAGGAAGGAGGGAAGCUGUGUGUCAGUGUGGCGUUGUGUCAGCACUACCUUCCCAGCACGCGCAGCCACACCGUGCACAGGAGCUGCUCCAACGCUGAGCUGGCAGAUGGCGCCAGGAGCCCUGCUGACAGCGUGUCCAGUGCUGCAGGCAGUGGCCCUUCAGGGCUGGGCAGGAAAAGCGAGCUGGCAAAGACCGUGCACCUGCACUGCCAGGUGGCGACAUCAGACAGCGCGCCAGCAGCAGACAGCGCAGGCAAGGAUUCCGGACAGGGCAGCUCUACGGAGGGAGAGCUUCUAGGCAGCGCAAGUCCUACGGCCUCAUCUCAGGAGGCCCUCCCAGAAAGGAAAGGAAGUGGCGCUGCGGAAGGGAUGUCUCUGAGCGAGGCUGUGGCAGGCUUGGAAUUGCUACUUAUCCUCAGCCUGGUAGCUGCAGCGGUUGCUCACAGAAAAGGGUGGCUGCAAGAGAGCCUGCCUCCAGCCUUCAGGACAGCAGCGGAUGUUGUCAUGCUGAAUGGAGAGGGAGCAAAGAAGCACAUGCUGCUCAUCAAGCUGCUGAAGGCAGAGGUUGUGGACCGUCAGCGGGCAGGCAGAGCCCAGAGCCUGAGCAUUCUCCAGCGGAGGACCAGCAUGGCCCUGCCUGACAGCAGUGUGAACAUCGAGUCUGACACAGGCUCCCUUGACAGCCCCACGGGCUUUGGGAAGGAUGUGGUCAACCGCUUCAUGAUUGGGUAUGGGAAUGACAAGGCAGCCGCCCGCCGCGCCAUGCAGCGUACUUAUGACUGGCGGAAAGCCACAGGCACCUUCAACAUCCUGGACCAGGCACAGCCCCACUUUGAGACAUUCAAGGCGGGCAUGAUGCGGGAAGGCUGGCAGAAGUUCAAGGUGACUGGGCUGAAUGACAGGGAUGUUGCCCGACACAUCGCCUUCUGCCAUGACUUCCUCUACAAGGUACUGGACACAGAGCCCAUGCCCGAGGGAGGCCGCACCAUCUGGAUCAACGACCUCAAAGGUGUGGGCAUCCGGGACAUCGGCAGCAAGGCCAUGGACUUCGGCCUGCAGAUGAUGGGCCUGCUGGAGAAGCACUACCCGGAGCGCAUGGGCAAGGCUCUGGUGGUGAAUGCGCCGUCCUUCUUCAAUGUCCUCUGGCGCAUCGUCCAUCCCCUCAUCCCCGCCUCCACCAAGAAGCGCCUCGUGGUGCUGCGAUCCAAGGAGGAUGUGCACAAGGCGCUGCUGGAGUACAUGGACGACAAGGACAUCCCCAGUGAGUAUGGCGGCAAGAGCGAGAAACAGUUGUAUGAGACUGAGCCUGAGAGAGCGCUCAAGAGACGUGUGGAGGAAGUGAAAGGGAGCAACAUGAGCCCGAUGAGGAGCUGGCGCCUGAGUUCAGACGAUUUAGACCAGUGA